AUGUCCCUCACCGCUUCCACCACCACAUCCCCCAACUCGUCCGCGCCCAGUGACUCGGUCUCGACUGGGACGUCGAAGGCGUCGAAGCAGCCGCUGUCGCGCAUCGAGAAGCGCCAGCAGAAUACCAUGGCUGCGCGUCGGUACCGGCAGCGUCGCGUCGACCAGCUGAAGAACCUGGAAGAGGAGCUUCGCAAGGUGCAGCAGGAGCGGGAUGAGCUGCGGUUGCGGGUGUCGAAGUUGGAGGGGGAGACGGAGGCUCUGCGAAGUCUGUUGGGGAGAGAGAAGAAGUAG